AUGCCUCGUCAGCAGAAGCUCAACAGAAGUAUCAGCUUCUUCGUCGGCCACACGCAAAAUCGCUGCCAUCGUACAUUGCACACACUCCUUCAAACUGCAAUCUUUGGGAUCAAGCAGGAGUUGGACCAGCACAGGGCGCCAAUUCUGCGGCGGCAGAGCCUCGUUCAGGAAUAUAACGAACCCGUACCCAGCCUCUCGUCUCCGACGCAGACCAUCACGCUGGACGACGCUAAUUCGAUCACCCUCCGCAGCCAGCGACUGGCAAAUUUCUUGAGCAAGAGUUUCUCCAUGGCCCUUAUGGUGCUUCAGCCAGUACUAAUAUGCCCACAAUCGGAAAUCAUUGCGCCGCACUCUGACAUCCGGAACACUGGCUCUAUGGGGUGGCGCAGGCCUUGCUGCCUGUUGCCUGCUGGCCUGGCGGGGGCGUACCAGGCUGCAUCCACGGACAUCACGAUUCGAUUCCUGUCGAAUCUGGCUGCCGGCUCACUGGCCUCUGAGCCAUGGUCGAUUGCAUCGCACUUUUCGAGGCAAGAUCGCAAUAUUGGGGUCCUGUUGCCUUACAACCCUUGGACCUGCGUCAACCUCGCUCUCGAAACCGACUUCGAAUCCUACCGACUUCGAAUCUCACCGGCUUCAAAUCCUACUCCAGGCACACCGCACUUCAAUUUACCCCGAAUUUAUGCUGAUUUUGAUCACUGGCCGAUCAUUGCGACGUCGCCGAUUUCCGACGAACGAGCUCCAUGGGAUCCAUCCAACGAAUUUUCAACAUUGAAUUUCCAAGUGGAAGUUCCACAGCAGGCAAUGCCUGGGACUCGAAUGUCGCAGGGAACGGCGAGGAUCACAACAACGCCUUUUGAGUGCACCUUCAGCGGCCGCGGAACCGCUUGUGCAGCCUGCUUCGUUGCCAAUAUCUUGUUGUCAAUGACGCCACUCAUUUUGAAUCGAAAGCCAGGGACGGCUCAAAUGUCAAAAUGCUCUUUCCAUUUCGCACGAUAUCACAAAUGUGUGUAUCUUGACCGGUCUGCAAUGUCGUGGGUUCUCGACAAGGAUUUCUACCAACAGGACAUCGUCGCAUAG